AAAAUUGCAUACUUUUAGCAAGAUGAAUAUGCAAAUUAAAAAGAAAUGAAUGUCAUUGAAAGCUGGAUCACUAAUUCUUCACACGGACUUCUCCUAGCAUGGAAUGACUAUGAAGGUUUUUCAGAUACUCGUAUUGUUGGUCUUGUUGGCUGUCAAGGAUGGCCAAGCCAAGGUGGAACCUCUGGAAUACCUACCAACGGAACUCCAGGGCUACCUGGACGACUGCCGUUCUGUCGGAGAUCUCAGAAACCAGACAGGUCAGAUAGUCUUUUGGAGAUCCAUUCAAAUGUAUAUAUCGAAGUUUGCUGAAAGUGCUUCAAAUAUUACCAUGUCGGAGAAGAAGCUGUUUGAGUCUACGUUGUACGAGAUUUUAUGGCCUUUAUUAGAACCCAAGGCAAGACGUAAACGACAGGCACCAGAGAUUAGAGUGAGGCAGGAAAUUCGUAGCUUAACAUUUACUGCAAGGCAAAGAUACUUCGCUGCCGUUAAUCAAAUGAAGAGAGAUAGGAGAUUAAGACCGAAUGUAUAUGACUUUUUGGCGGGGCUACAUCGGGGUCAGAAUAUUGGCCGUGCUCAUGGUGGUCCGGCGUUUCCAUCUUGGCAUCGACUGUACCUCUACAUAUACGAAUCCAUUUUGCGGCGAUGGUAUGAUUCUACUGUCACAGUUCCUUACUGGGCAUCAGUCUUAGAUAACGAUAUGCCUGAGCCAACACGGUCUGUUAUUUUCAGUACUGAAUUCUUCGGCAACGGGUUUGGUAUUGUGCAAACAGGGCCUUUCAGGGACUGGAGAUUUCUUCCCGGUCAACCAGUCAGAAGAAAUAUUGGAGGCACUCGACUUAUGUCAGACACUGUAGUUCAGAGAAUAUUAACUCGAAGGAGGAAUUCCGAAAUACUUCCACCAACUGCCCUUCCUGCUUUCGACUUGGAAGCAGAACAUGGUUUUCCCCAUGUCUACGUUGGGGGAACGAUGAAUAAUCUCAAUACGGCUGCAUUUGAUCCCCUGUUUUUCAGCCAUCAUGCGUACGUAGACUACAUAUGGGAACUGUUUAGAUUACAACAACGUGACCAAAUUCCGCAAAUAAACCCAGAAACUGAUUAUCCUUUCGAUGUUAAUGAUCCCCGUUUCCGUCGAUCUCACCAUCCAAAUGCUAAUGCAGGAUUUGUAUCAGUCGACAGCGUCACAGUUCUUGGCAUACCGUUAGCUGCUCUCACACAACGGGUAGGGUAUAGCAACGAGUUUUUCAAUCUGGUGCAGUAUAUAGACACACCUGAAUGUCCAAACUGUGACAAUUCUCCUUUUCUGUACUGUGAGCCUAGCAUAGAUCGAUGUGUUUCGAGAGAUAUCAGCGUACUGGCAGGAUUAUCUCGCGAUAACACCACUCAAACGACCACGCAAAUUCCUUCAGCAACCCCUGAAGCAACUGAAGUUACCACACAGGCGACACAACAGACGACGACAGAGAGUGCAGCCACUGAGAGUGCAGUCACAGAGAGUGCAGCCACUGAGAGUGCAGUCACAGAGAGUGCAUCGACAGAGAGUGCAGCGACAGAGAGUGCAGCGACUACUAAACCUAGCGUCACAUCAAACCCGUACCAACCAACUAACAACGGGGGUAACUGCGAGAGACAACCAUUUAUACAUGACGUCGAUACUAAACAGAUGGGACGUUCGGGUGACUGGGUCUAUAUUCCGGUGAAUAUUGUCUCAAAGAGACCACCUUCUUUAAAAGGCUAUAGGGAAUAUUCGCUGUACAAGACACAAACCAAACUGACAAAUCAAACCUCUAUCGGGUAUAAAUAUGAAUUUAUGCAAGCGGACUGGCAGUACGUGUACGAAGGAUGUAACAAGAAGCAAGAUGUUGUGGGUAAAAUUAACGUAAUUUCCUGGGGUCUCAAUUAUGACGGAUAUGCGGAAGAAUAUGUAAUUAACGAUAACAGAUAUGGUGUGUCACAGGGUAAUGGGUAUUUGCCUGUUAAAAAGCCGUCUGCUUACAAUCCAUCUGAAUUUAUAACCGUUGCGUACGAUUCUUGUGGAAGGGUAUGCAAACCCUAUAGCAAUGAUAAGAAUAACGGUAAUAUCAAUGGUCAUUUUGGCGGUGGUUUCAGAGUAUCUAUUGAUAGUCCUAAGCAGUACUCAAAUUCCUAUGAAGAGGCGAUGCUAGGGAUGUGGGAGAUUACCUCACCCUCUUUCAGCCCAGUCAUAGAUUACGGUGAUAUACCAAUAACAUUCUACUGCGGGUACAAUGAUGAAUGGAUAUGGGACAAACCGCCACCACAAACACAACCACCACAAACACAACCACCGCAAACACAACCACCACCAACACUACCAGCUUUCCACUACCAGACACCUACGUAUGAUGGACCCGGUGUUAAAGUUCCAAAACAACCAGCGUCUUAUGGAGGCUCUACGGGACAAUCAUGUGUUGUGGCAACGGACUGCACUAUAGAUGUACCAUGUAGGAAUUGUGCGGACUUCGACUAUGAAUACUGCAGAGGCGAGAAGAAGAUAGCAAUAUGCAUCUACGGACAAUUUUCCGUGACGGCUACAACUAACGCGCAUUUGAAACACUUUUAUAGCAAUUAUUGAAGCAUAUUUUAAAGAAAUGGUUACAUGCUCUUAUAGCUUGUUACACGAAUACAUUUCAAGUAUAUUUUUGAAAGUUGUUUAAUAAUUCAGACAUUUUAUAAAUACAGACCAGGUUCAAAUUUUUUCUACAUUAGUAAACUUCUUAUAAUUUGUCACUUGCCCAUAUAUCGGCUAAAUUGUGAUCACAUCGAAAGGCAAUAACUCUCUUUGCAAAAGAAACACUUUGCCUGUUACUAGUGCAGUCUUGAACCAAACUUAGUGCAUUGGUCAAUGAAUAAUCUAUACAGUUGAUGCAAGUUGUUUUAGUUAUGAUAGUCUAGAAUAAAUAAUCCCCAUUUUCCAAUAAUAUUCCAUUAUAAACCACAAAGUGACUUUUUGAAAAAAAAGCAUUUUUAUGAAAUAAAACAUUGCGUAAAGUAAUAAAGAACACGUUUGGCUAUCUUUUUUAUCAUAUCUAAGGCUUAUUUAAUCUUAACAAUUGACACAUAGUUUUACAGACCUUGUGAAAAUUAUAUGCAUAUAUGUGAAUUGACAGACGGAUAUACCCCGUUAACUCUAAAAAAAGGUAACAAAAUUGAAACAAAUCAUUCUUAAAAAAUCUUUGACACUGUUAUCUCAAGCAGCGAUUACUAGCAGUCAUGUGAAUAGGUUGGACUAAGAAUUUUGGGUACAGGGUAACCAUAGCUAUAAAUCUUUUUCAACAAUUAGCAAUGGACAAAACAUCCGAUUAGAUCUUAAAUUUUAGAAAAUAAAAUUUCUUAAAAUUUCAUGAAGUGUUAUGCGGCAACUUAAAGCCAAUGAAAGAUUCAUCUUGUUUAGGGAUUUAAGUGCUCCAUCGCUGGGAAGCGAUACACCUUCAUUUUCAUAACAGUCGAACUUUUAAGUACCAUUACUUAUUUUCCAGCCUUACUGCGCCGACUGUCUUUUUUAAGAUUGUUCUAGUAUCUAACAAAGAUGAUCUGAUUCCCUAAACAUUGGGCACAGCUUGAGUCAAGACAGUAUUAAUCAAAAUUGAAAGAGUUAUAUUAUGCGCCUUUUAUGUUUCUGAUAUAAUGAAUACGGAUCGAUAGAUCAUGUUAAAUUUUCGCCAUUUUGUAAUAAUUAAAAACAUUUAAAACAUGCAAAGUAUCGUUUCUUUUGCAAAUGUAAUAAUUGAUUUUUAUUGUUUUAAGCUGGCUUUAAAACAGAAAACAAAUAACGCAGUGCGUGUUAUACCCUAUCCUUGCUUUACUUUAAAUCCAUGGUCAUGAACGGAAAAUUAUUCUAACCAAUUAAAAUCGUGUAUUUUCCUCACCUAAAACUUACAGUCCGGUAAUGGGAACUAGGCAUUUUGAACAUAAUUUAUCUUCUUUCGUUGUCUCUAUAUUUUUCAUCACACAGACAUUCCAGGUAGUUUAUGUCUUCGUCAAAUUACAAAGGAAACUUGGAUGAACUUCCCUCAAACUUCAUGUCUAGAUGAAAACUUACAGACUGGUUGACUGAAAAUGUAUGCCAUUCGUUAUUUCAGCUAUACGCGUACGCCUUUGUGUAUAUGCAACAUGUAUGUAUAAUGUGAUUGUUUCAGAUUGAAUAAACAAUAUAAAUGUGUA